AUAAACGAUAAGUUAAGUUAUUGAGUAACUAACGGAAGGGAUUGCACACUGUUCCUGUCGUGGCUGCAGAUGGCAGUAGCCGCGGGACACGGAGUAGAUUCUUCAAAUAAAGAACUGUUUAAGCACGCGCUCCGGAUCUGACCGGAGCAGGCCGGGUUUGGGGCCAGGGCGGCUGCUGCCUGCAUCCAUCAACGGUACGGCUGCGAGGAGGAGAUGGAGGAGGAGGAAAAUGCUUCAGGGUCCGUCCGCUGGAAAGCCCAUCGUCAGUGUCCGAAGUCGCCCUCCAGCUCGGGGCCGUCAGUGUGAUUCAGCGGCCGGAGUGAAGGUGAAACACCUGCCUUGGCUCGCCCCGGUAGUUGUACCGAGUGAGUUCGUUGUGGGCACUUGGCCGACAUUAAACACCGCCUGUUACAUAUUCAAACAUGCAAAACUUCAGGAUUGACUACACAUGCAAGCAACAAGUUCAUGGGUUUAAAUGAUCAUUCUGUGCAUGAGAACAACUUUGUUCUGGGACUGCUACAUCUCAAUGUGGAAAGCACUGACAAACUGCUACAUGUGAUAACAUCUUGGUCAAUGGUGGAAAAUACAGCAAUGGAUAAAGGGUACUCUACUACAGAGAAUGCUGUAGAGUGGAUAAUGCAAGACUCUGGUAACUUGGAUUCAGACAAUGAAUUGGAGCAACAGGGAAUUGCCAUAUUGGAGGCUGGUCCUUUAAAUAAAGCUCAUCAACAGCUUUGUAGAUCACCAGGCUUAGAAUCAAAUCUACUAAAAUGCACUGAUAUUCUACAGGAUUUCAAAAUAGAUGGUGAACCAAAACCAAAGCAAGAUUUAAGAUCAACUGAUGAUGAUAAAGACUACAAAACCAAAAUGGAGUUUGCACUGAAACUUGGAUAUUCUGAAGAGCAGGUACAGCUUGUCCUAAAUAAAUUGGGAACAGAUGCUCUUCCAAAUGAUAUGCUAGGCGAACUUGUUAAACUGGGGAAUAAACUUGAUUCUGAUACUUCCUGUGGCACAAGUAACCCUGGAACUAUGACUCCACGUGAUACAACUUCAACAGAUUCUCAAAGAUCUGACUCUCCUAUAGAAGAAUUGGUGGAUGAUGGUGAUAAUCUAAAGCCUGUGGUCAUUGAUGGUAGUAAUGUGGCAAUGAGUCAUGGUAACAAGGAAGUGUUCUCCUGUCGAGGUAUUAAGUUAGCAGUGGACUGGUUUUUGGAAAGAAGUCAUAAAGAUAUCACUGUGUUUGUGCCUGCCUGGAGGAAGGAACAGUCAAGGCCUGAUGCCCUCAUCACGGAUCAAGAAAUCCUGCGCAAGUUGGAAAAGGAUAAAAUUCUAGUCUUCACACCAUCCCGGCGGGUACAAGGGCGGAGAGUGGUUUGCUAUGAUGAUCGCUUCAUAGUGAAAUUGGCUUAUGAAUCCGAUGGCAUCAUUGUGUCAAAUGAUAACUACAGGGAUUUGCAGAAUGAAAAGCCAGAAUGGAAAAAAUUCAUAGAUGAAAGAUUGCUUAUGUAUUCUUUUGUUAAUGACAAAUUCAUGCCACCUGAUGAUCCUUUGGGUCGCCAUGGGCCCAGCUUGGAUAACUUUCUGAGGAAGCGGCCUGUUGUUCCUGAACAUAAGAAGCAGCCAUGUCCAUAUGGAAAAAAGUGCACUUACGGCCACAAAUGUAAAUACUACCACCCAGAACGAGGUACACAGCCUCAACGUUCUGUGGCUGACGAACUUCGUGCUAGUGCAAAGAACUCGAUAAUGAAAACCACUAAUGACGGAGGUUUGGUGAAGAGCAACAGUGUUCCAACUAAUACCAAGACCGAAGGCAUGUUUGAUGUCAAGUGUACAGCUCCAAAAAGACAGUCUGACCCAAGUAUACAAGCCCCUCUUUAUAAUGAGGUUGAAGAAAAACUCAGCAAUAAAACCAGAUUGGAAACCAGGUCUGUGCCUUCUCUUGUUGGAGCUGCAAAAGUCCAAGGUUGUACAGUAUCAGGUUCUGGAAUGCACGUUUUGACACAAGAACCAGGAGUGCCAGCACAGUACUCAACAAUUCUGGUGAACAAUAGCCAUGGAGCGCACACAACCUAUAAUCAACAUCCAAAAUCUGACUCUCCUGUUGAUGGAGGAUAUCAUUCCAUGAUGAAUCCAUAUCAUAAUCUUGGUGUAUCUGGUACACGUAGCCCUGAUCAGUUUUCUGUGGAUAAAGAAUACAGACUCGACCAUGUAGGUUCUGAUUGUAGUAGUGAAGGUAGUAUUAGCUGUGGCAGCAGCGAUUCAUAUGUUGGCUAUAAUGAACGAGCCUACCUAAGUUCUCCAGUUACAGUGCUUGAGGAAAAUCUUAAAUGUCACCAAUAUCAUAAUCGACAUCAGCCCUUUCUUUGUGGUUAUCAUGAUCCUGUAACAAGAGUACAAAGUUAUGGCCAAGAAGAGCAAAAACCACUACACAAAACUUCAGCUUCUUGUAUGGCAUCACAUUUACAACACCCGGUAAUUGGAGCCCGCUCCAGUUGUCCGAGUGAAUAUUGCCCAGUACCACUCAAUGCCCAGCAUCCACAAAACAUGCAUAUGGGGAGAGCUCUAGGAACUACAAGAGUAGAAAGUUUUUCAGAUUCACGUUUGUAUAAAAACCUGCCAGUGAGACACAGAAAACCUUACACAGGUCAGGAAACAUUUGCCAGUUGGAACAGGCUUGGCUAUGGUUUGGAUUCUUAUGGUUAUGCACAAGGAUAUUCAUUACCAAACAAUCCAACUCAGCCAUGUUAUGAUCAGUUCACAUUCCAAAGUUUACCUGAGAAAAGGGAGCAGACUUGGAGGAUGCCAUGGAGUGGCUUACCUUCUGAACCUCUAAAUCCACAAAGGUUACAGGAUGUACGUGAUAAGAUCUUUAUAGAUCUGUGCAACAUAUUUCCAGCUGACCUUGUGCGGGUGGUAAUGAAAAGAAAUCCUCACAUGGUUGAUGCCCAGCAACUUGCUGCAGUGAUUCUAGUGGAAAAGUCAAAACUGGGUUAUUGAAUUGAAAUGCAUCAUUUUGAUGUUUUUAUUUCUCAGCACAGAGGCUGAGUUUGCUCGCAUUUGAGAUUCUUCAAACAAGGAGAUAAAAUUAGAGUAUAUAGAACAAAGCAGUACCCUCUGCAAAGGGAAUUCUUCAUGUGUUUUUAUCAACAACUUUUAGAAUUAUUGUGUUAUUUAAAGCUAGUUUGCU